AUGAGAGCGAGUGCACGGUUCCCUAGGGAUCUAUGGCCAGAGAUAUGCCGUGCAGCCGUAUAUCUUUAUAACCUAUCCCCCCAGUAUGGAUCACAAUGGAAGACACCAUUCGACGUCUUUCACACCCAAGUUGCCUUGAUGAAUGGGAUAAGUAUCAAAGACCAGAAGCCUCAGAUUGGCCAUUUGAAGGUAUAUGGUUGCCGGGCAUAUGCUAUGACCACCAACGCACUGAAAAAGGAGAACCGCCUCGAACGAUUCAAUCCAAAGGCCUGGAUAGGUUAUCUCGUGGGAUACUCUUCUACUAACAUAUACAAAAUCUGGAACCCAAAGACGGGAGCUAUCGUACGUGUACGAGACGUGAUUUUUGAUGAAAGCCGUGUCUUUAGUGGACAUCUAUUGGAAUUGGAAGAUGAGUUACUGGGUGUCUCUGUUGAGGAAUUAGCCCGGUUGCUUUUGCGAAUUGAUGUAUCCAACAACCCUGAAUAUAUCAAUGACUUGGAUGAGGAAAUAGAGGAUGCUACUUUUAACCAAGAUAGGAACAAUGAGCAUACGACCACUCAAGGGUCAACUGGUUCAGAAUCCGAAGAGCCGAGCAAUCGUGUCUCUGAAGAUUCAAGCGGCCCAUCUCUCACGGUUGGAGAAAGAUUGUUAGACGGAAUAGAUAAAUAUGCUUACCCUACGCCUCCAGAGUCACCCCCGAGUGCUUUGCUGGCGGGCAGCUUAACUAUCGUUCAAGAUAAUGAUCCGACUCUUCGUGAAGGCUCUGAGCACGCUGCUGGCAUGUCAACUGACGGGGAAGGUAGCGCUGCUGCUCUCGUUCAGGAAGCAACCAAUAGGGAAGGUGUCGCUGGCGCUCUUAUUGGCGAAAAUAUUGGGGAAGGUAGCGCUGCUGCUCUCAAUACGCGUGACUCCAUAGACUCCUCUCAGAGGACUCGUGGCAAGCAUUUCCUUGAGGCUGGGAGCGCUGUUUCACUCAAGAAGAGUAGGGAAGGUGUCGCUGGCGCUCCUACUAGAACCGUUGAUACCGUUUUGACACGAUGCCGGGAUAAGCUCAAUCCCUGGAGAACCGCUUUCCUAGCAGGCACGCGAGAUCGUCAGUAUAAGCUUCAGGCUACGAUGACUGGAGACAUUUAUGACCACGAGCGACUCACAAGACAGGUCCUGGGAGGACGACGACUUCAGUCCUUCCUGGUCCGCGAUCUUCCGCCGGCUCCAAAGACUCAUCGAGAUGUGGAGUCUCACCCUUUAGGUCUCCUAUUCCAGAAGGCCGAGAUAGGUCAUCUUGACAGCCAUGAUCCAGCGGGUUCUUGGACAGAAGUGCCUCAAUCGGAGGCCCGAGAAAAGCAGAUUCUGGAUUGUAUGUGGGUAUAUGUCUAUAAAGCUGAUAAAAAGGGGAGAUUAGUGAAAUGCAAAGCACGUCUCGUGGCACGUGGAGAUCAAGAGAAGGAAGACGACAUGAGGGACACCUACGCUGCCACUCUCGCUGCUAGAUCUUUCAGAACACUCAUGUCAAUAUGUGCACGCUUUGGUCUCGAAAUAAAAGGAUUUGACGCCGUUAAUGCCUUUGUCAACGCUAAAAUCGAUGAAGAAAUGUACAUGAAAAUGCCGCCAGGUUAUCGGAAGAGAGGUCUCAUCUACCGGAUCAAUAAAGCCAUAUACGGGCUUCGCAGGUCACCUCUUCUCUGGCAAGAAGAACUAACUGGCACCCUCAAGGACCUUGGAUUCAAGGCCGUUCCUCAUGAACCCUGCUACAUGCUUCGCUCUGGGAUUAUCCUCUUCUUUUACGUUGACGAUAUUGUACUCGCAUAUAAGAAGGAACGAGAAGCGGAGGCUAACGAGAUUAUGGCCCGUCUGCGGAAAAAGUACAAUAUUACCGGCGGCGAAGACUUGGAUUGGUUCCUAGGAAUGAGAAUAGUUAGGGACCGAGAGAAGAAGCUUAUAUGGCUCAGCCAGGCCACCUAUAUCGACAAAAUCGCCAAGUUAGUUGACUCACACCAGAACGACGAUGUGCCUAUGUCACGAGAGGAACUACUCCCAUACGAAGGCACUGCUGACUACUCGAGUAUUCAUAAAUACCAACGAAAAGUCGGCUCAAUAAUGUACACUGCUGUGAGUACGCGACCUGACGUUGCCUUCGCCGUCUCAAGGCUUGCGAGAUUCCUCACCAAUCCUGGACCUAAGCACCAUAAAGCUGCCGAUAAAGUGCUCUCCUAUCUCAGACGAUUCCGUACAUAUGCUCUUAAGUUGGGGGGUGGAGACGAUUACACUGUGUCAACAGACGCCUCCUUUGGGGAUAAUACACUUGACCGUAAGAGCUCGCAAGCAUACGUUAUGACUCUUUUCGGAGGAACGAUUGGUUGGCAAGCUAAUAAGCAGGAUACAGUAACAACAUCAACUACGGAAGCCGAAUUGUUAGCUCUCGCUCAGGGGGUGAAGGAAGGUAAAUAUAUCCUCCGACUGCUCUUGGAGUUAGAUAUUCGAUUCCAAACACCUACCCUCCACGUUUACUGCGAUAACAAACAGACGCUGGGACUGCUUGAGAAAGAUGCUCCACGAUUGCGUACAAAGCUUCGACACGUUGACAUUCACAACCACUGGGUUCGACAAGAGGUACAGAAGGGAGAUGUCCAAGUGCACUAUAUGCCCACGAAAGAUAUGAUUGCCAACGGCCUCACCAAGGCACUCAGCAAGCAGGAACACCAAAUAUUUCUCAAUCAAAUCGGAGUAGAGAAUAUCGACAGCCGUCUCGCUCCCCAGCAAAAAGAUAUAGAGAACCCGGACAUCGAAGAACUGCUUUCUCUCAACGACAUGCCCGACAAUAUAUGA